AUGUCCCGAUUCUUGCUGCUGCAAUUUCUGCUGAUGAUCGCUGUCCUGACGGUGUGGUCAAAGACAAAGAAGCCCACGUACCACUUCCACCGCUCUCUGUUCUACAAAUAUGCACCCCAGCAUACUCACCGGGUACAGGACGACUACAAGCCCAUAAUUCCUUUUUAUCCGAAGGUGAAGGCUACGCCGGUAUUUGGCACAUCCGAGGAGCCCAAGAUCAAAUUGGGUACAAUGGGAAUGACGGUGCCACUGCACAAGCUGCUCGUACGCAUCUACAACAAUGGACAGUUCCUGUGCGUGGGCACCCUCAUAACCGAGAGGCUGAUCGCCACGGCGACCACCUGCUUCGUCGAUGUGAAGGUACAGGAUCUCACUGCCAAGACCUUUCACAACGCGGACGAGGUGAUGCCAAUAAUCCAAAAGAACUCCAGCGAGUUUUUCAAUGUAGAUAGUGAGACGAGUUUGAGCGUCCUGGAGCUGAGCAAUCCUGCCGGCAACUCAAGUGUCACCCUCAGCCCGGCCCAGCUGUGCGACACCACGCUGCAGCCCCGCUUCGUCGUGCAGCUGACCACCUACAUACGCACCCGGCGCACCAUCCACACGCAGACCACUGAGGUCCUGCCCUUGGCCGAAUGCCGGAAGGUCAUGGAUGAUCCCGGCGGCAACGUGAUCCGCGACACCAUGAUCUGCAUAAAGAACACCAAGCACUCGUCCAAGUGCCAGAAAACCUAUGGCAAUCCGCUGAUCUAUAAUGGCAUGAUCUGUGGCAUCAAUGUUAUGGGUCACAACUGUCCCCGGCCCCUUGGGGUCGACGUGUAUGACAUUGUCUUCAAUUCAGCAGACUUUGUGGGCGAAAAAAUGAAGUUCAUUGUUGACGCCGACUUGGAAAAGGAUAUAAUCUGA